GGCCCUCGGCGCGCCCCGGUUGGCUGCGGCGGGGCCCGCGGCGGUGGCGGCCUCGGCAGCGGUAGUGGUUUCUCGGUUUUCUUAGUUUCCUCCGCCCCCUCUUGUCGGACGCUGCUGUUUGCUCGCCGUAAAAAAAAAUCAACUUUAUUGUUCCUCAGCCCCACCUCCCGGCGCGGCGCGGCCUCAGGAUGCACUGAGGCUGAGGGGAGGGAGGCGGCGGCGGGUCGCGGUCGCGGACCCUCUCCGAGCGCCCAGCCGGAGGUGGGGGAGUCACGAUGUCCGGGAGCCGCCAGGCCGGGUCGGGCUCCGCCGGGACCAGCCCUGGCUCUUCGGCGGCCUCCUCGGUGACUUCCGCCUCCUCGUCCUUGUCCUCCUCCCCGUCGCCCCCUUCCGCGGCGGCGGCGGCGGCGGCGGCGGCGUCCGGCGGGGCGGCCCAGGCCGCGGGGUCGGGCGGCCUCGGGGGCCCGGCGCGGCCUGUGCUGGUGGCCGCCGCCGUGUCCGGCAGCGGCGGCGGGGCGGUGUCCGCGGGCCUGUCUCGGCUCAGCUGCGCGGCCAGGCCCAGCGCCGGCGUGGGAGGGAGCAGCUCCAGCCUCGGCAGCGGCAGCAGGAAGAGACCUCUGCUUGCCCCCUUGUGCAACGGGCUCAUCAACUCCUACGAGGACAAAAGCAACGACUUCGUGUGCCCUAUCUGCUUUGAUAUGAUUGAGGAAGCAUACAUGACGAAAUGUGGCCACAGCUUUUGCUACAAGUGUAUUCAUCAGAGUUUGGAGGAUAAUAAUAGAUGUCCCAAGUGUAACUAUGUUGUGGAUAAUAUUGACCAUCUGUAUCCUAAUUUCUUGGUGAAUGAGCUCAUUCUCAAACAGAAGCAAAGAUUUGAGGAAAAGAGGUUCAAAUUGGACCACUCAGUGAGUAGCACCAAUGGCCACAGAUGGCAAAUAUUUCAGGAUUUGUUGGGAACUGAUCAAGAUAACCUUGAUUUGGCCAAUGUCAACCUCAUGUUGGAAUUACUAGUGCAGAAGAAGAAACAACUGGAAGCAGAAUCACAUGCAGCCCAACUACAGAUCCUUAUGGAAUUCCUCAAGGUUGCAAGAAGAAAUAAGAGAGAGCAACUGGAACAGAUCCAGAAGGAGCUGAGUGUUUUGGAAGAGGAUAUUAAAAGAGUGGAAGAAAUGAGCGGCUUGUACUCUCCUGUCAGUGAGGAUAGCACAGUGCCUCAAUUUGAAGCUCCUUCUCCAUCACACAGUAGUAUUAUUGAUUCUACAGAAUACAGCCAACCUCCUGGUUUCAGUGGCAGUUCUCAGACAAAGAAACAGCCUUGGUAUAACAGCACAUUAGCAUCAAGAAGAAAACGACUCACUGCUCAUUUUGAAGAUUUAGAGCAAUGUUACUUUUCUACAAGGAUGUCUCGAAUUUCAGAUGAUAGUCGAACUGCAAGCCAGUUGGAUGAAUUUCAGGAAUGCUUGUCUAAGUUUACUCGAUAUAAUUCAGUACGACCUUUGGCUACAUUGUCAUAUGCUAGCGAUCUCUAUAAUGGUUCCAGCAUAGUCUCUAGUAUUGAAUUUGACCGGGAUUGUGACUAUUUUGCAAUUGCUGGGGUUACAAAGAAAAUUAAAGUCUAUGAAUAUGGCACAGUCAUUCAGGAUGCGGUGGAUAUUCAUUACCCUGAAAAUGAAAUGACCUGCAAUUCCAAAAUCAGCUGUAUCAGUUGGAGUAGUUACCAUAAGAAUCUGUUAGCCAGCAGUGAUUAUGAAGGCACUGUCAUCCUAUGGGAUGGAUUUACAGGACAGAGGUCAAAGGUCUAUCAGAUCUAUAUUCUGUCUGAGACUACUUUGUCUUCCUUCUGUAUCCAGGAGCAUGAGAAAAGGUGUUGGAGUGUUGACUUUAAUUUGAUGGAUCCUAAACUCUUGGCGUCAGGUUCUGAUGAUGCAAAAGUGAAGCUAUGGUCUACCAACCUAGACAACUCAGUGGCAAGCAUUGAGGCGAAGGCUAACGUGUGCUGUGUUAAAUUCAGCCCCUCUUCUAGAUACCAUUUGGCUUUCGGCUGUGCAGAUCACUGUGUCCACUACUAUGAUCUUCGUAACACUAAACAGCCAAUCAUGGUAUUCAAAGGACACCGAAAAGCAGUCUCUUAUGCAAAGUUUGUGAGUGGUGAGGAAAUUGUCUCUGCCUCAACAGACAGCCAGCUAAAGCUGUGGAAUGUAGGGAAACCAUACUGUCUACGUUCCUUCAAGGGUCACAUCAAUGAAAAAAACUUUGUAGGCCUUGCUUCCAAUGGCGAUUAUAUAGCUUGUGGAAGCGAGAACAACUCUCUUUACUUGUACUAUAAAGGACUUUCUAAGACUUUGCUAACUUUUAAGUUUGAUACAGUCAAAAGUGUUCUGGAUAAAGACCGAAAAGAAGAUGAUACAAAUGAAUUUGUUAGUGCUGUGUGCUGGAGGGCAUUGCCAGAUGGGCUGGAUGGUUUAUAACACUUUAGAAAAUUUUCCUGACUGGAAGAGGGCCAAUCUGAAUGAACUCUUGUCUUGGGCGUGGAAGGAAAGAAGAUGCUGAGCAUGGACCCUGACUUCCAGGAAGACUGUGGCUCCCAUCUCCUAAGUGCCCCACUCUUCCCUUAGCGUCCAGGCUAGAGUGGGGUGGGGAGGUAGAAAAGAGAGGAGACAAGAAGGUGGUGGAAAACUGAAGCAAAGCUGUAAUUUAUUUCUUCUCUAAGUUAAUUACAUUAAGUGUAAAUAUUCCUUGACCUUAAUAUCCACUACUGUAUGGGACAACCUCUGUGAAAACAUUUGUUGCUUUAGAUAUUUUAUGGUGAAUAUUGUAAUGAAAUCAACAAAAUAACAUUUAGUGGAUCUGCCACUCAACAUUUUAAAUAUAUCAUUAUUGUCAUUUUUCUAUGUACUGUAAUGGAAUUUGACCUACAUUAGAAUGGUUCUCAUAAUUUUUCUCAUUAAAUAUUUUUUUUGAAAUAGUGUUUGUCCUUCUGCAGUAUGCCAAUUUUGAAGCAUAAUAUUGACAGAAAUCUUUAAGCUACUUGGUUUUUGCUUUUAUUUUUUAUUUUACCUUGUGUGAGGGAAAAAAGAAAUAUAUUAAUUUGAGAGUGCAUUCUGAAUUAUGCCAUUAACCUAUAAGUAAUUUUUCAUUAUUAUCCCACCACACUUAAAAUUGUCCAAAAUAUUUUGAGAUGGGAAGGGAUUUAACUUUAGUUUCUAUUAGCAAUAAUCGCGCCUCGGAUAAACCUCAUUGGCUACGAUACUGCCACUGCGCAAAGCUUAACUUUGGUUUCUAAAUGUUUCUCUUUUGAUAGUUCCUACCAAAUUUCUGUUAGAAGUAGUGGAAGGCUGGAGAGUGAAUACUGAAUAUCAUUUCCUUGACAUAAAAGUUUUUAAUGAAUACUACUUGAGUUGGUUUUGUAUGCUGAGUAUAUGUAUGAAAAAUCAUGAUUAUUGUUUUCCAAUUAAAUAAAAACAUAGUAAUUACUUAAAUCAGAAUUAACCAAGUACAGCAACUGUUUAAGAGAAAAGUGUUUCCUGCUAAUUCAAGCUUGCAUCCUAUCUGGGGAAAAGAAAUAUGUGUUUAUAUUUUACUUCACUAGUCUCACGGUAAUCCCAGUUGUUCUCAUGAAGUCUCUCUAUUGAUGUGAUCCUUACAGCCUUUCAGAUCUCUUACUCUCUCAUUUGUUAAAUCCCAUUUUAUGCAGCAUUUUUCCAAAUAAAGCUACAAAAAUUGGUGUUGAUAUUUCUAGGACGGUAGAAAAGUUAUUACUACUGAACAUAGAAAUAAUUUGAUUAUGUAGAUUAAAGAAAAGUCAAUCUAUUAUAAUUGCUGUAAAGAAGCUAUUUAAUUUGGGGCCUGGUUUUUUUUUUUCUUUUAAUUUAAGAUUUUAUUUAUUUAUUUGACAGAGAGCAACACAGCGAGAGAGGGAACACAAGCAGGGGGAAUGGGAGAGGGAGAAGCAGGCUUCCCGCAGAGCAGGGAGCCCAAUGCAGGGCUCUGUCCCAGGACCCUGAGAUCAUGACCUGAGCCAAAGGCAGACGCUUAACAACUGAGCCACCCGGGUGCCCCUUGGGGCCUUUUUUUACUCUAGAUAAGAAGAUUAAUUUGGAUGAAAAUAUAGAUUCUUUAUUUGAACUGGGAUAACCAACCGAAAGGUAAAGAUAAAGGCAGAAAAUAAAUCCGAAUCAUUUGGUUUAAAUGACCAGAGUGUUUACGCAUUGUUGAGAAUUAAAUAGACAGUUGAUACUGCUUACGUUUGUCUUCAAGGUCUUUGACUUUGAUGGAAGUUGGAACUUUAGGGAUAGAUUAUAUAGAAAGUAAAUCUGACUUCAAGAUUCAGUUCCUUUUUGUUAAUUUACUGUUUUAAAUCCUAAGUAUCCAGAGCUGUGGCUUUGUGGCACACCAAGUAUAUCUUUGUGAGUUGCUUCCCAGAGCUUGAGAGAGCAAAAGUAGUAAUUGCCUUUGCUUUCAGUGGGUUUUUUUUUGUUUGUUCGUUUGUUUUUAUUUCUCACAACAUUCCAAACAUAGGUUUAUUUUAGGAGACCCAAGAGUUUAUCUUUUUAUUUUUAAAAAAUUGCUAAGAAUUAUUUUAUCUCUUACAGUUCCUCAUGUAGUGUUAUCACCUGAUAGAUAAGAAGUGAAAUAUUUUAUUUCAUGCCAGACUAUCUAAAUACUUUUGAAAUAUGUAGCUCAAUAUGUAUAAUUCUUAUUUUUAGCAGCCAAGAAUAAUUUAGGUUUCACAAGUCAUACUUAUGUGCCCUUACUCUUUCACUAACCAACCAGAUCUGUAAUUCACAUGAUAAUCCUUGAUGUUUGUAUUAAUGGUAGACUAUAGUGGUUCUAGUAAGUCCCAAAUGUCAACUGAUAAGAAUGGAUAAUUGUUGUAGAGACUUACUGUGGGUAUUUAUAUUUACAAGGAGGGUUUAUGCCUCUCCCAAUUAAAAAGUUAGCCUUGUCACUUCAAAAUUCAAUAGGAGUCUGUGUUUAUGAGUAAUAUUUUCAUUUCCUCAAAGUUUUAUUUUUUUGUUUAAGACUUUUUAAUUCUAAGCUUUUUACAUUUCUCUGGAUUUUUAAGAUCUGACAAUUGUGUUUUCCUUUACUAAUAGAAAGGAUGAAUUACUGAUGGCAAAACAAAUUCUAGGAUCCCAUUAUAGGGAUCUUGCUGGUCUUUAUGGGUAAGGGAAAGCCUGGUUACCCUGUAGAGUUUACAUUCUCCAUCCAAGUCCUCACCAUGUUUAAAAAUAGGUUUCAGUCUUUCUGUAAUGAAGAAGUAGAAUGAAGAAAACCACUUAAUUUUGACCAGAGUUGAGAUUGUUUUCUGUAUGUUAGGGGCAUUGCUUUUACUUAUUUUUCCUUUUCCUUUUUAUUCUCUGCUUUCCAAGCCAUCAUUUUAGGGAUAUGGAGAAAAAAAUAACUUCUCAAGGGUAGUAACUUGUUGGUUGGUUGGUUGCUUUUUGGCUUUUGUUUUUUUUGUUUUGUUUAAAUCUCAUAUUAACUUUAAACUCCUCCAUUUGAUACAACCAAUGGAGUGAAAGGGUUUUGUUUUUUGGUAAUAUUAAUAAAUUGUUUGAAGGUGUAUUUUUGCUGUUGACUGAGAUUUAUCAAAAACAUAAGUUACAUUUUAAGCUUGUGUAUAUCUUGUGUCUUUUUAGGUGUAAGGAUUUGCAUCAACCUGAGUUAUUAAGAGUGAAACUCUUGGCUCAGAAUAGAUGUGAAUCAACCCUUAGGAAGAGAUUCUCUCACCUAGUUUAGGUGCCAUGUUUCUUACUUUGUGAUAGAUAAGUGGCAAUUACUUUUUUUUUUUUAAAGAUUUUAUUUAUUUAUUUGACAGAGGGAACACAAGCAGGGGGCAGUGUUUGGGAGAGGGAGAAGCAGGCUUCCCGUGGAGCAGGGAGCCCGACGUGGGGCUCGAUCCCAGGACGCUGGGAUCAUGACCUGAACGGAAGGCAGAUGCUUAAAGACUGAGCCACCCAGGCGCCCCCGCAAUUACUUUUUAAAAUAAGCAUGAGGUUUUGGUUCUUUGCAUGAACAUUUGCAUUUGAAUUAUUAUGCAGUUUUCUCUUAUGCUUGCUAAAAUAUACAAGUUAUAUAUCAAAAGACUCAAAACAAGUCAAAAUAACUACGAGCUUCCUUCUCAGGCUGUAAUAUAUAAAGUAAUGCCUAACCAAGCAGAAACUUACCUUCAGCAUUUGGACCCUCUAAAUCCAGUUAUAUCUUAUUCAGGAGACCAAUGACUUUUUUUUUUUUUAAUCCCUUCAUCAUCUCUGCUUUAGAAUGUUCUAUUUUUCUCCACUAGUAAAGAACUUUUAGAAAACAGAGAAUAGGGAAAAUUUGCCCUGUAAUAGUAGCACCUAAACAAAACCGCAGUUAAUGUUCUGAUGUCUGUCCUUCCAGUCUUCAACCUGCAUUUCUUAAAUAGUUUUACGUUAUCAGUAUGUUUUGUAUUUCGUUUUUUACACUAACUACAGCUAAGCAUUUCCUCUCCUUACAUCAUAAUGUUAGUGUAAGGCAUUUAUAUUUAUUAUGAAUUAGUUUGUCUGUUAUUAUUAAACAUUUAGGCUGCCUCUAAGUUUUUCAUAGUUCUAAGUUUGCAAUGUUUUGGGGCCUAUUGUUUUUCCCCUUUUGUCUUGUAAUAUUAUAUUUAUAAUACAAAAUCCUGUAAGUGGGGGAAAAACUGGAUCAAAGGGUUCAGAUUAUUUUUUAGCUUUUGAUAUCUACUAUUAUUUUGAUUUCCAAAAACAGCCCAGUUUUUACACUAUAGUUUCUCCUUAGCAUGCCAGCAGUGAUUAUCAGGGGUGGGAGGUGAAGGGACAAGGCAGUGAGGUGAGAAGAGGGAGAUGAGGUAGGAGGUGUGUGUAUUUUCAUGUAGCACAUUCUUUGAAAUCUGAUUGCUAGGUAUACGCAUUGUUUUGUUGCUAGCUAUGAUACCUUUGGAAAAUUCCUUAUCCUUUCUGAGUCCACUUCCUCAUUUUUGAAGUGGGUUAAUACAAAUUUUUUUUUUUUUUUUAAGAUUUUAUUUAUUUAUUUGACAGAGAGAGCACAAGUAGGCAGAGUGGUAGAGGAGGGAGAAGGAGAAGCAGGCUCCCUGCCGAGCAGGGAGCCCGAUGCGGGGCUCGAUCCCAGGACCCCGGGAUCGUGACCCGAGCUGAAGGCAGACGCUUAAUGACUGAGCCACACAGGUGCCCCAAUACAAAUAUUUAAUACCUCAAAGUGUUGUUAGGAAGCAAAUGACAUUAUGCAUAUGAAACACUUAUGCAUGGUAAGUUUUCAGUAAAUGGUAGCUUCAAUACUAGUAACAAAUUAAUGUAUAAAAGUUGGAAAAUUAACAUUUUGAGCAUCUAUCCUGUCCUCCUGUCUUGCUCAGUAUUUUGUGUAAGUUCUGCAAAUCUAUUCCAGAUAUAUUUCUAGGUAGAAGGAACAGCAUGUGCAAAAGCUUAAGAAUAUGAAAGAGCCCUGUAUGUCUGGAGCCUGCUAGGAUAUAACACGACUUGUGGGAGAUGAAAUGGGAGAUGGUAGAUUAAGAAGAGUGAUUUUUUUUUUUUAAGGGUCAUUCUGGACUUUGUUAAAAACCUUGAACCUUUAUCUGUGCAACUAUAUAAAGUUAAGAAAAGUGAUUGACUUCAACUUUUGGUUUGUGGUUUUAGUUUAAUUAACAACAACAACCAAAAAGAUGUGGUAGGCAAGACUGCAAAGGCACUGGGGAUAGGGUUUUACUUUGGUCCAAGAAUUUGGGAAAUAUAUUUGAAGUUAAAUUUGCAAUAUCCACUGUUUUAUUAGAGGGAUGAAGACUCUAGGCUUAUAGCAGUUAAUUAGCUUUUUUUAUUUAGGUAAGUCACCUAAUACCUGAGUUUCAUUUCCCUCUUCAGUUUGAAGGGGUUGUGUAUCAGACUUCUAUUGCCCAGUGGCUAUAUGUAAAACCAACUUAUAUGCUUAUAGUAAGACCAUAUUGUUUACAUGUAUGUCCACUAAUAAGCUGAAUCUUGUUUUAUCUCAUAUAUACAAACUCAUGAAAACAUUGUGUGAGAAACUCCCUGGUUUGCACUAUUUCUCUCUUAAUUCAGCUUCUGAACUCACUUACAAAUGGAAUAACUGCCUCCAAUUCUAGGAUGUGCAUUAGCUGUAAGGGAAGAACCCUUUUGCCAGUUAGACAUAACUUAUCCCAGACGAGAAACUUUCUUGAUGUUGAAAACAUGGGGAAACAAGUUUUAUAAAGGCAAUUUUCUAAGAAAAAUGGAAUUUUCUUAAGCUAGAAAUCCUUAUUGAGCAAAUUGUAACACCUCUCAAGGACUACACUUUUUUUUUAAAAGAUUUGAUUUAUUUAUUUGAAAGAUUGAAAGAGGCAUAGUGGGGGGAGGGGCCGAGGGAGAGGAGAGAGAGAUCUCUGAGGAGACUCCACAUCCAGCGUGGAGCCCUACAUGGGGCUCAGUCUCACAAACCUGAGAUCAUGACCUGAGCUGAAGCCAAGAGUCAGAUGCUUAACCUACUGAGCCACCCAGGCGCCCCUCAAGGACUGUACUUCUAAAAUAUGAAUGUUUUACAUAUAACAGUAGCAAGAAAAGAAAUAAUUCAUGUUUUAAAAGCUCCCUAAAAUUUGAACGUUUUUGUUCCCAUAUUCUUUUUUUAAAAAAGAUUCAUUUAUUCAUUUUAGAGAGAGAGAGAGAGAGCAUGCACACAAGCAUGGGAAGGGGCAGAGGGAGAGAAUCCCAAGCAGACUCGCCACUGAGUGCAGAGCCCCACCCAGGGCUUGAUCCCAUGAGACCAUGACCCAAGCUGAAACCAAGAGUUGGACAGCCAACCGACUGAGCCACCCAGGCUACCCUUUGUCCCCAUAUUCCUUACUAAUUCACUCUUAAUAUAAUGUUUCUGAUACUGUAAUUACUACAUUAUGUUUUGCAUUAAUUUUGGCAAUACUCUUAUUGUCACAGGUUAAGAGAAAGUUACUGUAUUUGAAUUUAUAUUGCAUUUUAAUAACAUCUGCUCUCAUGUUCCUCUAAUGAAAAGCUUCUGUUCUAAUUACUUAAUAUUUUAAGGGAUUAUUAUGUGAUGGGAAAAAUAAGAGACCAAUGCUUUUUUCCCUUUCUGACAUUGCUGUGAAGUUUUGAUCGUGCAACUUAACCUAUGUUUUAAAAUGAAAGCAUUGGUGCAGUAGCAUUCUCAUUUUUCUACCUGUAUAACUGUAGUCUUGCAUAUUUGCAUUAGUUAGCUCUGUUAACAUUGAAAUACUAACAGAAAUGGUAUUUCUUUGGGUUGGUAAUUCUAACACUUCAGACUAGUACUAAGUUGAUGUGAUUAACUAGUUUUCCAGGACUGAAUCCUUUUUCUAAAGUUCCUUGUUAAAUCAAAUAUGUGUCUUAGUUAGAGUAGCAAUUACCAUAGUUGUUUACUCUUAAUGGUCCUUUGGGGCUCUUUGAUUUGUCUCCUACAAAGUUCUUGGAAUUCAUGGAACCUACCCCACAAGGUUUUUUAGGAUGUUCUUUGACCCACUAAAAACAUAUGAAAAAGUUUGUCAUGUCCAUGUGAUUAUUUUACUAGAGAGUUUAUUGCUUUUAUUAGAUUCAUAAAGGGGAUCAAAAUAUUAAUGAUUAAAAAUUAGUGCUACAAAAUGUAGUCUGGCAAGUUGACUUGAUAGGACUAUGAAGUAAAUUGUACUAGAAUACCAAUUACUAAAAAUUAUAAAUGUUAAUUUUCUGCUCUCACUUUGAAUUUUACAUUAAUUCUUAUAUAGCUUGGCUGAUUUAAAGAUUUAUUUAUUUAUUUAUUUUUGCAAGAGGGAAGGGGAGAGAGAGAGAGAGGGAGCACGAGUGGGAGGGAGCGGUAGAGGGAGAAGCAUACUCCCAGCUGAGCAGGGAGCCUGAUGCGGGACUUAAUCCCAGGACCCUGGGAUCAUGACUUGAACCAAAGGCAGACACUUAACCAACUGAGCCACCCAGGCACCCUAGCUUGGCAGACUUAAAAGAAAAAAAAUCACAGAAUAAGUGUACAGAAGCUCUUUAUUUUAAUCCCUUCAUUUUCUCCUCUACUUCUUCUAGUCUAGAGUCAUGUUAUCUAUUAUUUUAAGAGAGUGAGAAACCUUAACCAAAUCACUUUGCUUCUCUUUGCUUUCUCAUCUUUUAAGAAAGGAAGCAACACCAGAUUUACUGCCUCACAGUGCUGUCGUAAAACUCAAAUGACAUUUUUGGCUGUGAAUAAGCAUUUUAACCAACAUCCUGUGACAUUCACACAAAAUACAUCUGUCAUAUAAAGAACAGACCAAUUAUGUGAAGAAUUCUGCACUAAUUUGUUAAUACAUAGUUAGGAAACUAGUUAAGAACUAGAACAAAUAAUGCUAAAAUUUGUAUGGAAUCACAAAAGACCCCUAUUAGCCAAAGCAGUCUUGAGAAGGAAGAACAAAGCUAGAGGUAUCACAAUCCCAGAUUUCAAGAUAAAAUAUAAAAAUGUAUUAAUCAAAACAAUGUGGUACUGGCACAAAAAUAGACACAUAGAGCAAUGAAACAGAAUAGAGGGCCAGGAAAUAAACCCACGAUUAUAUGGCCAGUUAAUCCAUGACAAAGGAGGCAAAAAUAUACAGUUGGAAAAAGAUGGUCUUUUCAACAAAUGGCAUUGGGAAAACUGGACGGCUACGUGCAAAAGAAUGAAAUGGACCACUUUCUUAUACCAUACACAAAAAUAAACUCAAAAUGGAUUAAAGACCUACAUGUGAGACCUGAAACCAUAAAACUCCUAGAAGAAAACAUAGGGAAUAAUUUCUUUGACAUCAGCCGUAGACAUUUUUCUAUGGCAAGGGAAACAAAAGCCAAAAUAAACUAUUUGGACUGCAUCAAACUAAAAAGUUUUUGCACAGCAAAGGAAACCAUCAACAAAAUGACAAGGCACCCUACUGAAUGGGAUAAGGUAUUUGCAAAUGAUAUAUCUGAUAAAGGGUUAAAAAGCCAAUAUAUAUAAAGAACUUCUACAACUCAACACCCCAAAAAUAAAUAAUCUGAUUUUAAAAUAGACAAAUGACCUGAAUAGACAUUUUUCCAAAGAAGACAAACAGAUGGCCAAUAGACACAUGAAGAGAUGCUCAUUAUCACUCAUGAUCAUGGAAAUGCAAAUCAAAACUACAAUGAGAUACCACUUUUCACCUGUCAGAAUGGCUAGAAUAAAAAAGACAAGAAAUAACAAGUGUUCGUGGAGGAAAGGGAACCUUUGUGCACUGUUAGUGGGAAUAUAAAUUGGUGCAGCCACUGUGGAAAACAGUAUGGAGGUUUCUCAAAAAAUUGAAAAUAGAAUUACUGUAUGAUCCAGUAAUUCCACUACUAUUUACCCAAAGAAAACACAAACACUAAAUCAGAAAGAUACAUACUCCUAUGUUUUUACUGCGGCAUUAUUUAUAGUAGCCAAGAUAUGGAAGCAACUCAAAUAUCCAUCAAUAGAUGAUUGGGUAAAGAAGAUAUAGUAUACAUACAUGAUGAAAUAUUACUCGGCCAUAAAAAAGAAUGAGAUCUUGUCAUUUGCAGCAACAUGGAUGGACCUAGAGGGUGUAAUGCUAAGUGGAAUAAGUCAAAAAGACAAAUACCAUGAUUCCACUUGUGGAAUUUAAGAAACAAAACAAGCAAAGAACAAAAGAGAAACAGAAAAAAAGACUCGUAAAUACAGAGAACAAACUGGAAUUUGCCAGAGGUGAAGUGGGUAGGGGGACAGGUGAAAUACAUAAAGGGGAUUAAGAAUAUGUAUAUUAUGAUGAUCAGUAAAUAAUGUAUAGACUUGUUGAAUCAUUAUAUUGUACAUUUGAAACUAACACUGUAUGUUAACUGUACUUCAGUUUAAAAAUUUUAAAAUCUCAUUUUCUAUUUUAACAAAAUACACAUAAAAAAGAAAAAAUAACUCCAUAAAAAUUGCUAAUAAUCUGCACAUAAUCUCACAAGUAAAGAGGAAGAGCAGGUCAGUAAGAUUAUAAAAACACCUUUUUCCCAUCUAAGAAUAGUAAAUCUGUUUAUUAAAAGAAGUUUCAAUUGGGCUUAUGUAUCUCAGCCCACUUAUUAAAGGUACGUUUUAUGGGGUAUGCCAAGAGUUAUUAAUAUAACUUUGAAUAAAUAUAAAACAUGUUUUACUUUUUUUUUUUUCAUGUUUUACUUUUAACAUGAGCUUUAUAGGAAGAAUUGUUUAGAGUAAAAUAUUCCUAAUUUGAAAUAAAAGGACUGCAUCCAUAAUGUGUUUACUCUUUCUCACAGUUCGUUGAUAAUCAGUAUGCCUGGUGGUGGGUUCUGAAAGUGUUUAUAGGGAAUAUAAAAGAGGAAUGUGAAAUAGAAUUUUCAUGUUCUAUGGGUAAAAAAUAACAAAAAGGAUGCUGAACUAUUUAAGUAUAAAUUUUCUUAUAAAUUUAAUUAUAAUUUUCUCUAUUUCUGUUUUUAUAAAUGAAAAAUUUAUUAUAGUGUAAUAAUUAUCUUACUAACUGUUCUGCAUUAUCACCUGGAUGUUUUGAUGUAUUAAUCUUGAAAACAGAAGAUUCUUACUUGGGAAACUUAGUGAGUCAGUUGUUAAGAAAAUAGAGUAUAAAUUUUACCUGAGUAGUUACACAUGUUAAUUUUCAAUAAGGUUCUUUUUGUUGUUUUUUUAGUGUGCAAGGUUCAGUUUCCAUCCCUCUCAAAACAAUAGGAAAACAUAGUUUCAUUUUACUGUUUGUCAUUGGGUGUUUUUACCUCAUAGUGAAGGCUAUAUAUAAAAAUUUUUUAAAUCUUUACCCUUUUAAAAUUUGGAAGACAUGUUUAUUAAGUAGACUAUAAGUUAAGGACCAGCAUAAUAAUCUUUUGGUAUCUAGUGUUUUCUUCCUCAUAUAUUCUAAAGUGAUUCAAAUGUAGUAUCUCAGAUAAUAAUAAGAUGAAUUUUUCUCAUUUGUGUAAGUAUAUCUCAGUUCUGACCUGAGACCUCUAGGUUUUUCCCAUCAAAGAUUUGUCUUGAAUAGAUUAUUCCACCUGAUAGGGAAUUCUAGGCAAAAGUUUUGUGUUUGUUUUCUCUUUAAAUAUUGUGUGUGACAAAUGUGAGUGAAUUGAUUACAAUUUGAAUUUGAGGUCCUGGAAGUAAGAGGUUAUUAUAUUAAUUUGACUUGCUAGUUCUUUUUCCCCACUUUAUCACUGUUCAAAAUAUAUAUGGUAUUUUGUGUUGAAGUGUUAUCUUGAGCAAUAAUUAUACUUUGUAAAAUAACUGACUCACCAGUAUAAAUUUAAACUCACAUUUUUAGGGAAGUAGAACUGUUUUUUUUUUUUUUUCUCCGAACAUGCAUGGGUAUACAUAUAUGUACACAUUCAUAAUUUUUUCAAAAACCAUUCAAAUCCAUUCAUUACAAGGAGUAGUGUUCACCUUUGCCAAAGCACAUAAUGUCUUACCACAUAACUUUAUUUACUCUUCCAUUCUUUCUCUCUUUGAAAGUGUGUUUUUGAAAUAUUCUGGAGCAUCAGCAUGUCAGUAAAAAGAGUAAUAGGUAAUUGCUAUUCACUCUAGCUUUGUUGUGACUUCCACAGAAGAAUCAACUUCAGCAUCUGUACAGAAGGAAGUUUUAAUGGUCAUUAGCCUAGCAUUUGAAAUAAAAUGUUAAUGAACAAAGGGUAUAUAGCAACUUUUCUUUAAUGCAUUCCCCUGCCUAUUUACCACCUGUUUCCACCACUUCUGAAAAAGUACAUCCAAAAGGAACAUGUACUUAAACUGUUCCUUUAAUUUUUAAUUUUCAUCCAGGUUACAGAUUUUAAAAUUUCCCUUGAUAUUUUCUGCUUGGCCUUUAAGUUAUUUGGAAUGUAUUGUUUAAUAUCCACAUUUGGUUUCUAGUUUAAUUUUGUUGUGGUCUGAGGAAUGAAUAUAUGGCUUCUACUUUUGGGGGUUUAAAAUUAGUUUCAUGGUUUCAAAUAGUUCCAUGUGCAUUUGACAAGAAUCUGAAUUCUGCUUUUGUUAGGUAGACUGUUCUGUAAAUGUUAAUUAGGUCAACUUUGUUGAUAGUGUUUUGCAAUUUUUAUAUAAUCUUGCUAAUUGUCUAGUUCUAUCAGUUAUAGAGUGGCAAUUUUGAAAUCUUCAGGUAUAAAUUGUUCAGUUUUCUAUUUCUCUUUUCAAUUCUGUCAGGUUUUGAUUUAUGUAAUUUUGUGUUGUGUCCCAUAUAUAAUUAUUAUAGCCUGUGAUGUGUAUUGAUUUUUAUCAUUAUGAAAUUUUCCUUUUUGUCUGUUGUCAUAUUUUGGGUUAUAAGGUCUAUUUUGUCUGAUAUUAAUAUAGCCACUCUAGCUUUCUUUCAGUUACAGCUUCUUUGGUAUAUCAUAUUAAUACCUUUCAAUAUCAAUCUAUUUAUGUCUGAAUGUAAGGUAUAGAUGGCACAUAGUUGAAUGUUCUUUUGUUAUUCAGUUUUACAAUCUCUACUUUUUGAUUGGGUGUUUAAAUUAUUUAAUGUAUUGAUCUGGUUUGAUUUACAGAUAGUCCCAACAUCUGUGUCAUACCUGAAUCUAGUUUAAUGAUUGUCUCAUCAGAUUGUUUUUUCCUGAAUGCCUUGUAAUUUUUGGUUAAAAGCCAUAUAUAUUGUAUGGGACAGUAGAUACUGAAGGAAAUAUUUUUUUUGCUUGUAUGAGCAUGCUUUUCAUUCUGCCAUUCCAUUAUGGGGGCUGUGUUAAUGUUGUCAUGAUUUAGUUAGUUUUUUUUUUUUUAAGUUUGUUCUUGCUAUGAUUACCCUCAUUGGACCAUAUUCUAGUAAUACUUUGUGUUUAGAGUCUUGGCUGCUUUGCCAGAGGAUUUUUCUCAUUGUGUUCUCUGUUGGGUUUUCAGCCUGCCCUUUGCACUGCUUCCCAGAACAAAUCUGUCUCUUGUAGCAAUCCUUGCUAUAUUCCUUGUUUAUGUGGUGGGGGUGGUUAUGAGAGGAGGGAUGUUCUUUGAAGUUUUGAUUAAUCCUCAUUCCAAGUCUGGUCCUGUGAACCUAGGUCUUGGGCGUGUGGACUUCACAAUCAUUUCUGCCCAUCUUCCAAAUGAAAUGCUGGACCUAGCAUAUGUUCCUGCCCUUCCCCCAAGAGUAAAACAUUUUGUUUCCUGUUCUUCUCCCUCAACUGCAGUAAUUUCUACCAGUGCCCUCAGACUAUAAGCCCCUCCACCCCCUUACCCCCAGCCCUUUCCUCUACAGACUAAUCCUUUUGUUCUUUAGAGGACAUAGUAGGUGUGCAUCUGCAUGGUUUUAGGAAAUGGUUGUUCUCUUCCUUCAGCCAAUACCACAUGAGAAGUUUUCUGAAGAUUCUCUCCAUCUUCCCUGGUGGGGAUCAUACAAGCAAAGUUUGGAAGAAAAUGCUACUCUCCCACCCCCAAUGUUUAUAGUUGCAGGGACCUCACACUUCCAUGCUAGCCACCAUAUAACCUUUUAUUAAACAUGAACUUAAAAUUCCUACUGACUCAUCCAGCUAUUUCUGUUUCAGGUAAGCAAAUACUCUGGCGUUCUCUCUCCUGCAGGUACCAGUUUCUUCUGGUUUUUAGAUUGUUUUGCCUGCGACACAGGCAGGUUCAAGAAAUGUCAUUAAUUAGCAGUUGUUCAGCUUUUUUUCUUGUUAUCAUAGGGGCAUUGCUCUUUCCAGCUUUCUCCAUUUCUAAGCUGAACUAUGGUUUUCAGUACUUGUAUUACUUCUACAGAUAGAAGGGUUCUUAACAAUCACUUUUAAUUAUCUUAGACUUACUUCCUGCUAUUUAAAUUUGUGUAUUGUCAGCAUAUUUCAGAACUCUAUUAAUAGUAAUAGGUUUUUUAUUUCUUACAUUUUAGGGAUAAUUAUCUUUUGCAAAAUAUGGUUUAUAUGUUCAUCUGUAACCCACCCCUCCCCUGCCAUACCACAUGUAAUCAUUUAGUUUAGUGACAGAAGUACUCUCAAUUACAAAAGAUAAUUCAGUAUCUGAAUUGGUAGUAGCAAUGAAAUCAUCCAUUUGAAAUUUGUUUGCUAAUGAAAAUCUCAAGACCUAUUUAGCCAGGGACAAGAAUUUUUGAAGUGUGAGGAAAAUAUUUAUGGUAUCUAGAAGUUAUAAUGUAACAUCUUAACCCAUUAGGAUUUUUAAUUAUUGAGUCUCAAAUAAGGAAAUUUUCUAUAAAGUUUGCCAGACUUUUUAUAUGUAACUGACAGUUGUGAAGACACAUUUAUGCCAAUUUGGUAUUCUGCUUAUGAACCAAGGGGAUUUCUAUAGAAAUUCAGACAAUACAGAUUAUUGCUAUGAUUUACUACAACAUGGAAAAUACUGGAUUAAUUUUUUAAAAUUUUAUUAAAUACAAUCCUGUUCUUCGGUAUUCUUUUUUUAUGAUUUUAUUUAUUUGAGAGAGAGAGAGAGCACAAGCCGGGGGUGGGGGAGGGAUAGAGGGAGAGGGAGAAAUAGACUCCCUGCUGAGCAGGGAGCCUUGGGGGGGGGGCUCCAUCCCAGGACCCUGAGAUCAUGACCAGAGCUGAAGGCAGAUGCUUAACCAGCUGAGCCACACAGGCACCCCUAUUUUUGAGUAUUCUAUAAAUUUAAAAUCAAAUCUAUUUAAGUACAAAGUUUUGACCAUUAAAGAAUGGAAUCUUAGAAAUUUUAGAAAUCUGUUCUCAUAUUCCUUUUAAUCUUGAAUCCAUCCUCUGUUUUGUCCCCUGCUACUCUGCCACUUACCCCUCCUAGUUCAGGCCUUCAUCAUCCCUGGCCAUCACCUAGUAGUCCCAGGCUAAUUUACCUGUGCUGUUUAAAAUGCUCUGUCAUGUCCUAAUGGUUACAGAAUAAAAUCUAAGCUUUUUUAUGUGACAUUUAGCACCCUUUAUUUAACACCUACUUCUUCAUCAUGAUCACCUACCACUUGCAUAGGCACAUUUUACACUCCAGCAACACUGAACUGAUUGAAGACCCUCAAAUACCACAUCAUAGUUUGUUUGUUUACGCUUGUGCCUUUGACCUUGCUGCUCACUAUGCCCAGAUAUGCUUUUCUGGACUUCUUUGUGUUACAUAUUGUAAUGUCAUUAGACAGGAAGUCCUUUAAGUACAGUGCUGAGUUUUGUAGCCACAGAAGUAGUAGAGUAUUCAUUGGGUAGAUGAUGACUACCAUUAGAUUCCUUACAUUUUGCCCAGUGUAGAAAAGAAUUGUAUCACACUUCUAAUGGGGUAUCCUUCAAACAUUUUGAAUACUUCUGGUGGCCAGGAAUUCCUACUUCACAAGAAAGUCCAUUAUAUUUUUCUGUAACUCCCAAGUCUUACAAACUUGUCCCAUAAGAACAGCUCCUACUUCUUCCCAUCACCUCAUAAACAAUAAAUAUUUAAAAAUGUGUAAUGUUAAGACCUUGUAACUCCAAAUGCAGUAAAAGUCAACAUCUGAAUUUUCAUUGUGUUAACUCACUCUUUCCCUCAGUCUUACUUGAAUCCUUUGCAGGUAUAUAAUGUCACUUGAAAAUAGAAGUGAAGAGUUCAAAACUGCAUUCUGUGAAGUUGUGCUGAUGUCGUGUAUUUUCCUUUGUUAUGGACUAGUUUAAAAUACUGAAAUGGGAGGAUGAAAGAAAAGAGAACAGUACAUUUACUUACUAGUACCUGUAAACCACACUAGUAUAGGUAACAACCUAGUUCUCAGUUUCCCAUUUUAUUGUAUUUAUUUUAAAUUCUCACAGAUGUCCAUUUGUGAGGUGAAAUUUUCUACUAAAUUUCGGUGAGCCACUUCUAUAUUUCAAAUUCCAUUACUGAAUAUAAUAUCAUUUUUAACUAAAUAAACUUAUAUAGAUUAUGUAAAAAAGUAUUAAAUAAGCUUUAAAUAUGUAAUCAUUUUCAUUGAACUCAAAAGCCUCAUUAGGUUAAAAACUCUUGUCCUGUUCAUCUUGGUCUUAUCUUGGCCUUGCAUGGGAUCUGGAAAAUAGGCACCCAGUAAUUUUGUUUUUUUCAAUUAACAAGUAAAUCUUUCCACUUCCCUCUCACCAACCCCUUGCCCAAUAGCAGAAAAAUGCAGACUUCUCCUUUCUCUGAAUUCAACAUUUAUAGACAGUUUGCACUGUCUAUACUAGUGUUUUUUCAAAGUAUGGUCCUACUGAUUAUCUACUUUAGAAUUAUUAAUUUCCUGGGAUUUGUAUUAAAAAUGCAAGUUUCUAAACCUCAGACUUACUAAGUUAUAGUAUCAAAGAAGGUGAGACCCAGGAACCUCCGUGAUGGUGGUGGUGUUUCUUUAUGGAAUGCAUAAUUCUCUUCUUUCUUUUUAUUAAAUAGCCUAAAAUUACAUGGGAGAAACAAUGAUCCCAUCCCCAACACAUCCGGUCUUAAUCCCACCUGUGGAAAUUUGUAGCGAUCCAAUAAUGUAUCCAUCAGGGAAGGGGGAAAACAGGCAUUUCCAGCAGUGGCCACCACAGACCUGUUCUUCAUUUCACAGGAGUAAUUAGGUAUUAUUAUCUCAAACCCUUCCAAGAGCCACAUUAGGAGUCUCUCUAGGUCCCCGUUUAAGUUGGUCACUUUGGAAUAUGUUGUAAAGACCAACUCUAAGGGCAACAUUGUAUAAUAGGCUGUGAUUCUUUCUGAUCUCCUCAGUAGAACAAAUAAAAGCUAGAACGUCUUGUAGUGCUUGUAGUAAAUCAGGAUCUUAAAGCUGGAGUCAAAGAUCUGUCUCCCAAAAGGUAGCAUGUCCUGAUGUUUAAUCAGCCAAAUUUGACAAAACCUUUACUAAUUUAUUAUAAAGGAAUACAACUCAGGGAAAGCCAGGGAAAGAUGCACAGGGACGGGGGCCGCCGCUGCUGGUGGUGGUGGUGGCAGCGGCGGAACAUAGAGCUCUCAUGCCUGUUCUGGGCAAGCCGUCUUCCUAUCACCUGGAUGACUUCACCAGCCUGGAAGCUCCAGAGUCUUUGUUUUUAACACACUGCUCAUGGAUUCAUAAGUAAUAAAGUACUAUAAAGUAUCAGUUGUUGAGCUUUUUUUUUUCUUCUUAUAUUUGCUUUGUAAGUAUUUGCUGAAUUAACAAAUUUCAUCUAACUAAAUUUUCAAAGACUCUAAAUGGCCACAAAAAGAAGUGAGAUCUGUUUUAAAGAUUUUAUUAUUUAUUUAUUUGAGAGAGAGAGAGAGAGAGCGCGUGUGAGUGAGGGGCUGGGGCAGAGAGGGAGAAGGAGAGAAACUCAGAUAGACUCCAUGCUCAGCGCAGAGCCCUACAUGGGGCUAAAUCUCACAACCCUGAGAUCAUGACCUGAGCCAAAAUCAAGAGUCUGAAGCUUGACUGACUGAGCCACCCAGACGCCCUACUGUGAGGUCAGUUUAAAUCAGUCAUUGAGCUCAGGAAUUUAUUCUGUACAACCGAAAAAUUUGUUAUGAAAUGCUAUUCCUUUGAUUUUUCUAUUCAACUUUUAAAAUACUAAUAUCCUUAUUUUCUUUUGGCUGUACCUUCUUCCAAGUCAUUAAAUUUAAAAAUUUCUGUAUUGCCUGUCCUCCCUUUCCCAUUUACUUAAAUCCUCUCAUCCUUUCCCAGCUCAGUCCCUACUUUUUUGUUCCCCUGUCCUUGGUUUCUGGUUUUUAACAGUUACUGAUGCACCUAUACAAUGCAUUUUACCAGCUGCCAUCCAAGUAUAUUCUUCUCUAAUUGUACUUCAUUUAGUGUUGCCCCUGUUAUAUUCUUUGCUUCUACUUUGAGAGCAAAAAAAUAACAACACCAUUAGCUGCCAUAAUAAAAUCUAUUUAGUUUUUUAGGAAAGAGUUAAGAAUAAAUUUUUAAAACAAUUCUUUUAUUGUUAUGUUAAUCACAUUCAUUACAUCAUUAGUUUUAGAUGUAGUGUUCCAGGAUUCAUUGUUUGUGCAUAACACCCAGUGCUCCAUGCAGAACGUGCCCUCUUUAAUACCCAUCACCAGGCUAACCCAUCCUGCCACCCCCCUUCCCCUCUAGAACCCUCAGUUUGUUUUUCAGAGUCCAUUGUCUCUCAUGGUUCGUCUCCCCCUCUGAUUUCUCCCCCUUCAUUCUUCCCCUCCUGCUUUUUUUUUUUUCUUAACAUAUAUUGCAUUAUUUGUUUCAGAGGUACAGAUCUGUGAUUCAACAGUCUUGCACAGUUCACAGCACUCACCGCAGCACAUACCCUCCCCAGUGUCUAUCACCCAGCCACCCCAUCCCUCUCACCCCACCUCCCACUCCAGCAACCCUCAGUUUGUUUCCUGAGAUUAAGAAUUCCUCAUAUCAGUGAGGUCAUAUGAUACAUGUCUUUCUCUGAUUGACAUUUCGCUCAGUGUAACACCCUCCAGUUCCAUCCAGGUCGUUGCAAAUGGCAAGAUUUCAUUCCUUUUGAUGGCUGCAUAAUAUUCCAUUGUGUAUGUAUACCACAUUUUCUUUAUCCAUUCAUCUGUCGAUGCACAUCUUGGCUCUUUCCACAGUUUGGCUAUUGUGCACAUUGCUGCUAUAAUCAUUGAGGUGCAUGUACCCCUUCGGAUCUCUACAUUUGUAUCUUUGGGGUAAAUACCCAGUAGGGCAAUUGCUGGAUCAUAUGGUAGCUCUAUUUUCAACUUUUUGAGGAACCUCCAUACUGUUUUCCAGAGUGAUUGCACCAGCUUGCAUUCCCACCAACAGUGUAGGAGGGUUCCUCUUUCUGCGCAUCCCCACCAACAUCUCUCAUUUCCUGACUUGUUAAUUUUAGCCAUUCUGCCUGGUGUGAGGUGGUAUCUCAUUGAGGUUUUGAUUUGGAUUUCCCUGAUGCCAAGAAAUAUUGAGCACUUUUUCAUGUGUCUGUUGGCCAUUUGGAUGUCUUCUUUGGAAAAAUGUCUGUUCAUGUGUUCUGCCCAUUUCUUGAUUGGAUCAUUUGUUCUUUGGGUGUUGAGUUUGAUAAGCUCUUUAUAGAUUUUGGAUACUAGCCCUUUAUCUGAUAUGUCAUUUGCAAAUAUCUUCUCCCAUUCUGUCAGUUGUCUUUUGGUUUUAUUGACUGUUUCUUUGCUGUGCAAAAGCUUUUUAUCUUGAUGAAGUCCCAAUCGUUCAUUUUUGCCCUUGCUUCCCUUGCCUUUGGCAAUGUUUCUAGGAAGGAGUUGAUGCAGCUGAGGUCGAAGAGGUUGCUGCCUGUGAUCUCCUUUAGGAUUUUGAUGGACUCCUCCUGUCUCACAUUUAGGUCUUUCAACCAUUUUGAGUCUAUUUUUGUGUGUGGUGUAAGGAAAUGGUCCAGUUUCAUUAUUUUGCGUGUGGCUGUCCAAUUUUCCCAACACCAUUUGUUGAAGAGACUGUCUUUUUUCCAUUGGACAUUCUUUCCUGCUUUGUCAAAGAUGAGUUGACCAUAGAGUUGAGGGUCCAUUUCUGGGCUCCCUAUUCUGUUCCGUUGAUCUAUGUGUCUGUUUUUGUGCCAGUACCAUACUGUCUUGAUGAUGACAGCUUUGUUAUAGAGCUGGAAGUCCAGAAUUGUGAUGCCACCACCUUUGUUUUUCUUUUUCAACAUUCCUCUGGCUAUUCAGGGUCUUUUCUGGUUCCAUACAAAUUUUAGGAUUAUUUGUUCCAUUUCUUUGAAAAAAGUGGAUGGUAUUUUGAUGGGGAUUGCAUUGAAUGUGUAGAUUGCUCUAGGUAGCAUUGACAUCUUCACAAUAUUUGUUCUUCCAAUCCAUGAGCAUGGAACGUUUUUCCGUUUCUUUGUGACUUCCUCAUUUUCUUUCAUGAGUAUUUUAUAGUUUUCUGAGUACAGAUCUUUGCCUCUUUGGUUAGAUUUAUUCCUAGGUAUCUUAAGGUUUUGGGUGCAAUUGUAAAUGGGAUCAACUCCUUAAUUUCUCUUUCUUCUGUCUUGUUGUUGUUGUAUAGAAAUGCAACUGAUUUCUGUGCACUGAUUUUAUAUCCUGCCACUUGACUGAAUUCCUGUAUGAGUUCUAGCAGUUUUGGGGUGGAGUCUUUUGGCUUUUCCACAUAAAGUAUCAUAUCAUCUGCAAAGAGUGAGAGUUUGACUUUUAUUUGCCAAUUUGGAUGCCUUUGAUUUCUUUUUAUUGUCUGAUUGCUGUGGCUAGGACUGCUGAUACAAUGUUGAAUAGCAGUGGUGAUAGUGGACAUCUCUGCCGUGUUCCUGACUUUAGGGGGAGAGCUCUCAGUUUUUGCCCCUUGAGAAUGAUAUUCACUGUAGGGUUUUCAUAGAUGGCUUUUAUGAUAUUGAGGUAUGUACUCUCUAUCCCUAUACUCUGAAGAGUUUUGAUCAAGAAAGGAUGCUGUACUUUGUCAAAUGCUUUUUCUGCAUCUAUUGAGAGGAUCAUAUGAUUCUUUUUCUUUCUUUUGUUAAUGUAUCACGUUGAUUGAUUUGUGGAUGUUGAACCAACCUUGCAGCCCAGGGAUAAAUCCCAUUUGGUCGUGGUGAAUAAUCCUUUUAAUGUACUGUUGGAUCCUAUUGGCUACUAUUUUGGUGAGAAUUUUUGCACCCAUGUUCAUCAAGGAUAUUGCUCUGUAAUUCUCCUUUUUGAUGGGGUCUUUGUCUGGUUUUGGGAUCAAGGUAAUGGUGGCCUCAUAAAACGAGUUUGGAAGUUUUCCUUCCAUUUCUAUCUUUUGGAACAGUUUCAGAAGAAUAGUUAUUAAUUCUUCUUUAAAUGUUUGGUAGAGUUCCCCUGGGAAGCCAUCUGGUCCUGGGCUUUUGUUUGUUGGGAGAUUUUUUUUUUUUUUUAAGAUUUUAUUUAUUUAUUUGACAGAGAGAGGCACAGUGAGAGAGGGAACACAAGCAGGGGGAGUGGGAAAGGGAGAAGCAGGCUUCCUGCUGAGCAGGGAGCCCGAUGUGGGUCUCGAUCCCAGGACCCUGGGACCAUGACCUGAGCCGAAGGCAGACGCUUAACCGACUGAGCCACUAGGCGCCCUCUUGGGAGAUUUUUGAUGACUGCUUCAAUUUCCUUAGUGGUUAUAGGUCUGUUCAGGUUUUCUGUUUCUUCCUGGUUCAGUUUUGGUAGUUGAUACAUCUCUAGGAAAGCAUCCAUUUCUUCCAGGUUAUCUAAUUUGCUGGCAUAGAGUUGCUCAUAAUAUGUUCUUAAAAUUGUUUGUAUUUCUUUGGUGUUGGUUGUGAUCUCUCCUCUUUCAUUCAUGAUUUUGUUGAUUUGGGUCAUUUCUCUUUUCUUUUUGAUAAGUCUGGCCAGGGGUUUAUCAAUCUUCUUAAUUCUUUCAAAGAACCAACUCCUAGUUUCAUUGAUCUGUUCUACAGUUCUUUUGGUUUCUAUUUCAUUGAUUUCUGCUCUGAUCUUUAUUAUUUCUCUUCUCCUGCUGGGUUUAGGCUUUAUUUGCUGUUCUUUCUCCAGCUCCUUUAGGUGUAGGGUUAGGUUGUGUACUUGAGACCUUUCUUGUUUCUUAAGAAAGGCUUGUAUUGCUAUACAAGCAAUUUUGGGAGUGCCUCCCAAAAUGUUAGUCUUCUUAGGACUGCCUUUGUUGCAUCCCAAAGAUUUUGAACAGUUGUGUUUUCAUUUUCAUUGGUUUCCAUGAAUUUUUUUAAUUCUUCUUUAAUUUUGUGGUUGACCCAUUCAUUCUUCAGUAGGAUGCUCUUUAGCCUCCAUGUAUUUGAGUUCUUUCCAACUUUUGUCUUGUGAUUGAUUUCUAGUUUCAAAGCAUUGUGGUCUGAAAAUAGGUAGGGAAUGAUCCCAGUCCUUUGGUACCGGUUGAGACCUGAUUUAUGACCUAGGUUGUGAUCGAUUCUGGAGAAUGUUCCAUGGGCACUAGAGAAGAAUGUGUAUUCCUUGCUUUGGGAUGGAAUGUUCUGAAUAUAUCUGUGAAGUCCAUUUGGUCCAGUGUGUCAUUUAAAGUCUUUAUUUUCUUGUUGAUCUUUUUCUUAGAUGAUCUGUCCAUUUCAGUGAGGGGGGUGUUAAAGUCCCCCACUAUUAUUGUAUUGUUGUCAAUGUGUUUCUUUGCUUUUGUUAUUAAUUGCCUUAUAUAAUUGGCUGCUCCCAUGUUAGGGGCAUAGAUAUUUACAAUUGUUAGAUCUUCUUGUUGGAUAGACCCUUUAAGUAGGAUAUAGUGUCCUUCCUCAUCUCUUAUUACAGUCUUUGGUUUAAAAUCUAAUUUGUCUGAUAUAAGGAUUGCCACCCCAGCUUUCUUUUGGUGUCCAUUAGCAUGGUAAAUGGUUUUCCACCCCCUCACUUUCAAUCUGGGGGUGUCUUUGGGUCUAAAAUGAGUCUCUUGCAGACAGCAUAUCGAUGGGUCUUGUUUUUUACUCCAAUCUGAUAGCCUGUGUCUUUUGAUUGGGGCAUUUAGCCCAUUUACAUUCAGGGUAACUAUUGAAAGAUAGGAAUUUAGUGCCAUUGUAUUGCCUGUAAGGUGACUGUUACUGUAUAUUGUCUGUGUUCCUUUCUGGUCUUUGUUGCUUUUAGGCUCUCUCUUUGCUUAGAGGACCCCUUUCAAUAUUUCUUGUAGGGCUGGUUUCGUGUUUGCAAAUUCCUUUAGUUUUUGUUUGUCCUGGAAGCUUUUGAUCUGUCCUUCUAUUUUCAAUGACAGCCUAGUUGGAUGUAGUAUUCUUGGCUGCAUAUUUUUCUCAUUUAGUGCUCUGAAUAGAUCAUGGCAGUCCUUUCUGGCUUGCCAGGUCUCUGUGGAUAGGUCUGUUGCCAAUCUAAUGUUUCUACCAUUGUAGGUUACAGAUCUCUUCUCCCGAGCUGCUUUCAGGAUUUUCUCUUUGUCUCUGAGACUCGUAAGUUUUACUAUUAGAUGUCGGGGUGUUGACCUAUUUUUAUUGAUUUUGAGAGGGGUUCUCUGCUUCCUGGAUUCUGAUGCCUGUUUCCUUACCCAAAUUAGGAAAGUUCCCUGCUGUAAUUUGCUCCAAUAUACCUUCUGCCCCUCUCUUUCUUCUUCUUCUGGGAUCCCAGUUAUUCUAAUGUUGUUUCGUCUUAUGGUAUCGCUCAUCUCUCGAAUUCUGCCCUUGUGAUCCAGUAGUUGUUUAUCUCUCUUUUUCUCAGCUUCAUUAUUUUCCAUCAUUUGGUCUCUAUGUCACUGAUUCUCUCUUCUGCCUCAUUUAUCCUAGCAGUUAGCGCCCCUGUUUUUGAUUGCACCUCAUCAAUAGUCUUUUUGAUUUCGACUUGGUUAGAUUUUAGUUCUUUUAUUUCUCCAGAAAGGGUUUCUCUAAUAACUUCCAUGCUUUUUUUAAGCCCAGCCUAGUAUCUUUAAAGUGAUGAUUCUGAACUCUAGAUCCGACAUUGUCUAAUGUCCAUAUUGAGUAGGUCCCUGGCAGUCGGUACUACCUCUUGUUCUUUUUGUUGAGGUGAUUUUUUCCAUCUUGUCAUUUUGUCCAGAGGAGAAUAGAUUAAUGAGAGAACAAAAUGUGAACAGGGUAACAACAUCCCCGGAAAAUAUACUCUAAACAAAUCAGAAAAGACCUGAAGCCGGGGGAAAAGAAAGGGAAAGAAAGAAAAAAAAAAGAAAAAGAUAAAAACAAACAAAAACAGAACAAAACAAAAAAACCCAGAAUAUGAUCAAAUAUGAUCAGGCUGGUGCAUAGAUCAGUGCCACACACUAGAUUUUGGGUGUAUUUUGGUCUGUUAGAAGAAAGUGCCUCCCAAAAUUUUAAAGAAAGAAAAGCUUAUAUAUGUACAAAGGUAAGGGUUGAUAUGAUGAAGGGAUGGAAUAUGAUUGUAAAGAUGAAAAUUAUAAAAAAUUUUAUAAAAGGAAUUGAUAAGAAGUUGUUUGAACAAAGAAAGAAGAGGAUUUAAAAAAAUAAAAAUAAAAGGGAGAGAAUGUGAUCAGGCAGGAGAGUAGAACAAAACCAUACACUAGAGAUUUAGGGUAUAUUUUGAUCUCUAAGAAGAAACUGUAUCUCAAAAUUUUCAAGAGAGAAUAGCUUAUAUAUAUAUAUGCCAAAACUGAGGGUAACUACUAUGAAGGGAUAGAAUAUGACUCUAAAAAUGAGAAAUAAAAAUGUUUUUUAAAAAAGGGAUUGAUAAGAUGUUGGUUGAAAAAUGGAAAAAGAAAAAUUCAAAAAAAAAAAUUAACUUUGAAAGACUAAAGAAUCAUGGUAAAAAAGCCAUGGAUUCUUUGUACAUUAUUCCCCUAGCGCUGGAGUUCUGCCGUUCUCAUUGAUCGGUAAACUUGGUCUUGGCUGGCUGUUCUUGCUGAUCUUCUGGGGGAGGGGCUUGUUGCCGUGGUUCCCAAAUAUCUUUGCUGAAGGCGGAAUUGCCCCGCCCUUGCUGGUCUGGGCUAAGUAAUCUGCUCGGGUUUGCUCUCAGGAGCUUUUGUUUCAAGCUUUCUGUACAGCUUUGGAGGACGAGAGUGAAAAUGUCGGUCUCCCAAUCUCUGCCCUGGGGGAGUCGAGAACUUGGAGUCCCACUCCUCAGUGCACCCCCAGAGAGAAGCAGUCAGUCACUCCCGUCUCCCCGGUCUCCGGCCGCACUCUGUGCUCACCCGGCCUGUGACAGAGCGUUUCUAUCUCUGCCACCCAACUUGGUGUGGAGUCUCCAAACCCAGUAGAUCCCUGCGGUGCGCUCCCAAGCCACUCCUCCCGGGGGAGGAAGGGGAGUCCUCCCAGAUCUGCCGCUUGUUGGGUCCCUGCUGGAGCAGCAGUGGCCCGACUGUGCCACUGAUCACGGUUUAUGGCAACCCUGAGCUGAGAGCCCGCACCUCCGCUCCGUCUCUGCAGCCGGCUUCCCCGCUCCAAUACCUGGGAGCUCUGCCACACUCAGGCACCCCCGGUCUUUCUGUGACCCCGAGGGUCCUGAGACCACACUGUCCCACGAGGUUUCCACCCCCCGCUUAGCCACUGAAGUGACGUCCCUCAGCAGAGCCGACUUCUAAAAGUUCGGAUUUUGUGCUCUGCAGCUCUAUCACUGGCCAGAAGCGGCUGACAGAGGCCCCCUCCCCUGCUGUCUAUCCUCCCGUAUAUCUCCUCGGAUUCACUUCUCCGCAUCUCCUACCUUCCAGAAAGUGGUCGCUUUUCUGAUGAGAGAGUUGUUGCUAUUCUUUUCUUCGAUCUCCUCUUGAGUUAGUAGGUGUUCAGAAUGGUUUGAUCCCUAUCCAGCUGAAUUCCUGAGACCAGACGAAAUCCAAGUCCCCUACUCCUCUGUCAUCUUGCUCUUUCCCCUGAAUUAAGAAUAAAUUUAAAUCUACUUAACCUAGGGAGCCUACUUUAUGUUUUUAAUCAAUUUUAUAAGAUCAUGAAUAUGGUGACUGUAAUAUACUAGGACAGUCAUACAGACAGCUGCCUUUUUUUUUUUUUUUAGAUUUUACUUGUUUAUUUUAGAGAGAGAGAGUACGAGCUGGGGUUGGGGCAGAGGGAAAGGGAGAAGCGGGACUCUUCCUGCUGAGGAAGGAGCGCGACAUGGGACUGGACCCUAGGACCUGAGCUUAAUGCAGACACUCACCAACUGUGCCACCUGGGUGCCCCCGAACUGCCUUUUAAUUGUAAAGAAAUUUAGGUUCGGGCGCCUGGGUGGUACAGCAGGUUAAGCGUCUGUUUCUUGGUUUUGGCUCAGGUCAUGAUCUCGGAGUCCUGAGAUUGAGCCUGGCAUCAGGCUCCAAGCUCAGUGUGGAGUUUGCUUAUGUUUCUUUCUCCCUUUCCCUCUGCCCCUCCUCGCUGCUGUCUCUUUCUAAAACAAAUAAAUCUAAAAAAAAAAAAAAGAAAAAGAAAUGUAGGCUAUAGUAUUUUGUUAAGAAUAAUUGCCACUUAUUUGUUUGGUGCCUAUAAUACGCCAGUUCCUUUUUUGGCUAGAUACUUUACUAUGUUUCCUUUGAGUCUUCAUAAAAAUUCUGUGAAGUACCUAAAAUUAUCUGCUUUAUAGUUGAGGAAAUUGAGUUUCCAAGAAGGUGAAGCCAGUACUAUAACAGAACCAAAAUGCAGUACAGGUCCCCGUGUCUUAAAUGUAUUGCUAUUUCUUCUGUAUUACAUGAUAUUCUUAAAGUAGUACAGAACUCUUCAAAGAGUUUUGCCAGAGUAUUCUGGAGGAAAUGUGCAAAUAGCACCCUUAGAAAUGCACAGUUCCAUGGUCAGAGGCCCUCCGCAGUAUUGACUGGCAGUACGGAGUAACUGUUUUCUGUCAGAUAAUCUGAUUGCAAGCACAUUGUUCUCAAGCUUUAUUCAGGAGAGCAUUCAGGGUCCAGAGGUAUUGAUAUGUAAGGGAAGUUGUGGGUGUCUAGAGAUAAUAUUUGAGUUGUUGUGUGGCAAGGAAAAUUAACUUGGUUAGGGCUGUAUAAUGAGAAGGGAGAAGAGUUUGGAAAGCAUCAGAAAGGAAGGAAAGGUGGUGAAUGUAUGUGAUUUUUUUGUGUGUGUAUCUCGGUCCUUCUUCCCUUGUACUUGUUCUUGGCGACCUUAAUUCCCAGAGUAAAGAUCACUUUGACUUUAUAUGCAGCAUGUUUUUUUAAUGGUUCUUUUUCUAUUAUCUGUCUGAAUCCUGUUUUUUCCUAUAGUUUAUUUGAAUGCAUUAAAGUGUAUUUAAAUGAGAAUCUGAUGCAGUUGGGAAGUUGGAUAACUAAAGCCUUCUUAAUAAUGAAGCACACCAAAAAUGGAACCUGCAGAAACCAACCAUGUGGACAAAUGAAAAAAUGCCUUUUGUCUACAGAUUGCAGUGAUCCUACAUAAACAUGGAGGUCUCUGUCUGGCUUAGGACAGCCGGCUAAGUCUGAUCGUUCCCCUCCUUACAACCUUAAAACCAGCAUUCCAAGUACUGCUUUCUGUGCUAUUUUGUUUACUAUCUUGGCCAGUAAGUGUACUGUUUUUUGUUUUUUUUUUAAGAUUUUAUUUAUUUGACACAGAGAGAGAGAGCACAAGCAGGGGGAGUGGCAGGCAGAGGGAGAGGGAGAAGCAGGCUCCCGCUGAGCAAGGAGCCUGAUGCGCAGGACUCGAUCCCAGGACCCUGGGAUCAUGACCUGAGCCGAAGGCAGAUGCUUAAUCAACUGAGCCACCCAGGUGCCCCAUUGUACUAGAUUUCGAAUAGACAAAAAAGUGAGGUUACUUCUGCACCUAUCUUAAUUGGGUUAUAGAUAUUUUAUGGCUUUAAAAAUAGGUAUUGUUUGUUUGAUUAAGGAACCUACAGCCAGGAAGUGGACUGAACAUAGAAAUAUUGUUUUUCUGGGAGGCCAUUGGCUUAACUAAUCAGGGUUAUCAGUAGAGUUCAAUCAAUAUUUUAGAUAUGAAGAAGCUAAUCAGAGGUAGCUUCCAUGAAGUUUUUCUCAUUAGGAAUUGAUUUGUCAUUAAGAAAGUGAUUUUUUCCAAAUACAAUUUAUGUAAACUUUUAAGUCUGUAACAAAUUUUAGGAAUGACCAUUACCAGGGAAAGGCUAGCUACUAAGUAUUAACUUCUUAGCACUAAAUUUGAAAUCUCAGUUUUUUCAGCGUGUGUGUUCUGUCAGCGGGGGACGUCUGGGUAGCAGGGGAGGCAGCUGCAGUAGCAUUGCUAAUGCGUAGCACCAGGUGUGCUGGAAGCAACCACAGCUGGGCUUAUUUUUAACUUACUGCAUGGGGAUCGGUCCUUGUUUAUGGUUCUGAAAUCCCCAUAUAUUUCUUACUCUGAGCAAUUACUGUAUCAAACAAUUAUUAAGUAGCCUUAUUUUUCUAAGCUCUUUAGAAGUCAUUAGUCUACUCUUCAUUUUGAUGAACCAUUUUAAGAUUUUGUAUUUAAAGAUUUUAUUUAUUUGAGAGACAGAGCACAAGCAGGGGGAGGGGCAGAGGGAGAGGGACACGCAGACUCCCUGCUGCGUAGGGAUUCCCAAAUGGGUCUCGAUCCCAGGACCCUGGGAACAUGACCUGAGCCAAAGGCAGACACUUAACUGACUGAGCCACCCAGGUGUCCCUCACUUGUAUUAUUUGUGCUCUGCUUCUUUACACAAGAAAUUAAAAUCUAGAUUCAAGAUCCUUCAUUAAAAUGACCUCUGACUAAAAAUGAUGAACAUAGAUAUUAUUGAGGUCUAAUCCAAAGGGGAAAAGAAUGUCUUAUGACUGAAUCUUUCUCAAGGUAUGUUUACAAAUAUAUUUGAGAGGUGUCCUCACCACUCUAUUUAAUUUUCUAGAAUCUUUCAGCCAAGGCCAGGAAAUGUAGUACUUAACCUUGUGUUCUUAAAUCCUUUGUAAUGCGUUCAUCAUUUUGAAUCUGCUUGCUACCAUGUUUUUCCAUUUCAUCUUCGAUGUAGCUAUCUAUGUGCCCUUACCCUUUUGCUGCCGUAUCAUAUAUGCCCCUUAAACUCUCUCCUCCACAGUCUCCAGUAAAUCCAGUAGGUGACCGCUGGUUUCUAUUCAAAUCAGAUAUAUGAAUAUAGAAAUCGAGUGAUCCUCAUAUAUAACAAAUAAAAGCUGACAUUUAUUUGAAUGUGAAGGCAAGUUAAGUAUUUUGUGCCUUGCACCAGUACCAUCAGUUAUACAUCCUUCUUUGCUAUUUGAGGUUAUGUGGAAGCUCAGUUUGAUCCUCACAAUAUGAAUUUUAAAUCCCAUUAUAAGAUGAAAUAUUUGUGUCUUUCCUGUUAGACUUAAAGACUAGAUGGAAUUAUAACCACUGUUUAUAGCCAAGGAUAUGCUAAAAUUAGGGACAAUCAGAUAUUUAAUGGUAUAGCUAAAGUAGUUUUUUUCUGACAGGUUGGUGCCUCUUCUUGUUGUUAGAUAGUUUUAAUAUCCACUCCUGAGAACAGUUUGUGUUAUGUAUGCUCUAAAUGUAAACACAAGUUCCUUUGGAUACCAAAUAUAAAAAGGUCUUGACAGAAAAAAAUAAGUUUGAGACAGGGAGGAAGAUGACAAUCUGGUGAUUCUGGUGGAGGUAGAUUUUUGGUGGAGGUGGAUCUCCUUCUAGUUCCUUCCUCUGUGUGUGUGUGUGUGUAUGUGUGUAUGUUUCUGUCUACCCACAUUACAUUUCUAAAUUGGCACUUAGACAUGAUUCUUGCACUGCUUUGAAGUCUUAAGUUGUUGAUGUAUUGUUAGCCUUUCAUAAUGGCAAAGCAUCUUAGAAGUCCUACAAAGAAAUUGUAGAUCAAUCUGUAUACAUGUAUAUGGUCAUUUUCCCAAAGAGAGGAGCAGUUUAUAACCAAAUCAUUUUUAAUGAAUGUGAAUUUUCAUGUAAAGACAGAUCCAGUGGUAAAAUUUAGUGGGCUGGUAUUUUGUGUUUAUAGUCAUGAUCACAUUAGCCUCUUUUACCUUUUACUUUUAGAUAAAAUUUGAAUUUCAUAUGCAUUUAUGUCUUCUGUCUGAUUAGUACUAUCCUUUCUUAAAUCUAGUCAUAGGUAUAGGAAGUAUCCAACACCUAGAGCAUCAUCAGUUUGCCAUUAAAAAAAAUCUGGUCCAUUUUGUCUUAGAGUGAUUAUAAAAAUAUCUUCAAUAUGGGAUGUUUCCACUAUUCAGAAAAAGCUUACUUAAAAAGCUUAAAAAUUUUGAAUAUGAAAUAUGAUAAGCCACCAAAUCUAGAAGUCCUUUUGAUUAGCAGGGUUAAUUCAUUUCCUCUUACUAGACAAGUUAGUUAUAAGAACAGGCAUUUGAACCAAUAAAAAAAAUGCAUUAUAAGUUAUAAGAACAGGAAUUUGAAAAAAUUUAAAAAAUGAAGUAUGGGGCGCCUGGGUGGCUCAGUUGGUUAAGCGAGUGCUUUCGGCUCAGGUCAUGAUCCUGGAGUCCCUGGAUCGAGUCCCGCAUCAGGCUCCCUGCUCAGUGGGGAGUCUGCUUCUCCCUCUGACCCUCCCCCCUCUCAUGUGCUCUCUCUCUCUCAUUCUCUCUGUCUCAAAUAAAUAAAUAAAAUCUUUAAAAAAAAAGUAUGAUGUAAUGAAGAUAAUAUAAUUUAUUAAUAAUUACCCAUUUUAUUAAUUGUAGAUUAUGAUUAUAUCAUUCUACUCAUAAUAAUCUUUAUAGUUCAUGCUCAGAUAGGUGUCCAUUGUUAUCUUAAGGAUACCAGUGUGGAGGAAAGAGAGGGUUUGGAUUUAACUGGAUGAUCUUGAAAAUAUUUCCUUGUGAUAAAGAAACUCCAGAUCUCCCAAAUCUUGAAUUGGGAUUGGCAGGGAAAAGUAGACUACUGGCACAGCCUUAUAUCCUGACUAUAGAACACUCUCUUCCAUCUUAGUUCUGUGGCCAAGCCCUUUUCUCCAGUGAUACCACUUAAAAUCAUACUUCUAGGGAGAUCCAUAAAAGACCAAAUCCUAUACAUAGAAAAGACUCUAGGUAUAUGAAAUUUGAAAUGUAACAUCCAUAUAUAAUAUAUGAGAGCUGAGGCUCUCUCAUAGAUAUCAAAUGUUCACCUAAGACUCCUUUAUCCUUGCAUUCUGAUUGUGUAAAUAUGGGUUGGGGCCAUGCGUAUGAUAAGCUUAUUAAAUCAGUAUGCUACAAGCCAGCAAUUGGUGUAUUGUAUCAGUCUUCAUAUGUUGAUUCAUAGUUUUGCUAUUCCAUAGCUGUGUAUAUGGCUUUGGACAAGUUAUUAGUCUCUUUAAGACCAUGUUUCUUUUUUGUAAAUUGAGGAUGAAAAUAUUAUUUUCCUCACUAAGACUGCUAAGUGGAGACUAAGUGAAGUAAUUCAUAUAAAGUCCUUAGCACAGUAACUGGCCUGUAGAGCUCCACAGUUGGUUAUGUGAUAAUGAUAGAAGGUUGGUUUUUGUUUUUUGUUUUAUCAUCUCUGUAAGAUAGUAAAAUGAGACAGUAGUAAAAUGGGAAUCUUCUAUUCUAAGAUCACAAACUUCAUUUAUUUUCUGUCUUACAAACUCAAUUCAAACAAAUAAUUCAGCCUUAGAUCCUCUGUAAUAGAGAAGGCGGGGGGGGGGCUGUAACAUUUCAGUUUAAAGAGCAGGACCUGUUAUUGAUAGAUUGUAGUUUUGUGCUCAUUUUUUCUUAGACAUAUUUACAUAUAUUUUUAUGAAGUCAAUUCAGAAAAACCACAUGCUAAAAGAAAGGUCAGGGACAAAAACACUGUCAGGCUUACAUGGUGUUUAUUUAAAAAUUUUUGAAGAUCAUUUCGAAACGCAUGUUUGAGUAUCUUUGUGUGGGCUCUCACAUGCUACCCGUGUGCAGCAUAGACUUCUGGCUGUGUUACGGUAAAUGGACACACUCUGGUCCAGGUGAGGGGCUCUCCUGAUGACUCAUAUCCAGACAAAAGUGAAAGACUUGUAACUCUGAGAUCUAAAAACAGUAUGAACUUGAUAAAAGAGAAGAUCUACUCUAAAAUAGUUUUAAUUAAAAGAAUGAUUCUGCGUGUCAGGAAAGCCACAACGGCACAAUAAGACAAAGCAGUAAAAUGUUAGCACUUUGAGUAUGUUCUCUUUUUUGUAUUUAAAUUAGAGGGUACCAUGGGGAAGUUUGUGAAGGUUUUGGGAUGAUUUGAAGAAAAUAAAAAGGAAUGAAGAAACUGGAUAACUGAAUAGUAUCACUUAACAGAGCACUGAUAGAAGAAAAACUGUUACAAAUUUCUGCAUGUUGUAUUUGCAUCUCAACUCAAGCGAUAGGAAGAGGAUGUUCAUAAAGCAACUCUAGAUCAUGCAUGAACAGAAAAACUGAAAGGGCAAAUUCAGUUUAAAGUGUUCUGUGGCUACAGGAUCCUGAGUCAAAAGCAGAUUUGACUGUAUACAGAAUUCAUGAACUUAUAUAUGAAAGGAAAAGCCAUUCUAAUUUUCCAGAUUAUUUUGAAUAUAAAUAUCACUACCCUUCCAUCCCAAAGUGAAAAAAAUGAGGCAAAAGUCCCUAUUUUAUGUUUAUAAUUUUGGUAUGAAAAGAGCCUAAAGUAUGUAUGGUCUUUUAUUUGAAGUGAUGCUGCAGUCAUCACUCCAAAUUAGCACUCUUUUCUGGCAAUGAGAAGAAAGAUACCUGUCAUAAAAAAAGAGACAAAAAGCUCCAUGGAGAGAAUAUUAAGGAAUUAACAGAUAUAAUGUAGAUUGUGAGUUGUUCUUGUUUGAAACCUAGUUAACCUCAAAUUUUUAUAUACUUCUUUAUGUUUAUUUAAGGAAGAUAUUAAAUUCAGCCAUUUUCCUCCAUGUUCUGUGUCCUCUAGGGGUUGUAUUUGCAGAUAUUGUUGUACAUAGUGAUUUACCAGCUUCAUCAUAUUGAGUGUUUGUCUGAAGGAUUUAAAUGGAUAUACAGUUUUAACUUAGUGGACACCUUAAGAAAAUUCAGUUGUUGCAGAAGAAACUGUUGAAGACAGAACUCUUACACUAAUUUUUACUGGCUAUCUCAGCUGCAGCUCUUGUGUUUAGAAGGCAAAUGUGAAUAGUAUUUCAGUAUACUUUCCAUUUGCCAUGUUGCUAAUAGUGGUCUCGCACUUGAAAGGAAGACUCAGUCUUAAAGGUCAUAUGUCUUAGCUUUGUUUUUCUCCCAAUAAAAUCUUCAAAGUACUUGCCUUCCUUAGGUUGCCUUUAUAACACUGACCAUGAAGUUGCUUUGGGGGUGAAAAUGUUUUGGAAUUUUUUGAGAUCCUUAUUUGGCAAGGUUGUGCUUUUAAACAUGUAAGAGGCAUGGGAGGGAUGUGUCAUUUAUAACUUCUGUCUUAGGGUAGUGUUAUGAUUAAGACUACUAGAGUCAGGUUGUCGGAUUUGUAUUCCUAUUGCCACUCAAUACAGAUCUGAGGCUUUGGGCAAGUUAAUAACCUUUGUGUGCCUUUGUUUUCUCUUCUAUGAAAUCAGAAUGAUAGUAUCUUCCACAUAAUAUUGUGGAACAAAAUUAGAAAAUAUAUGGAAAAUAUGGAGAUAGGUGAGUAACUCAAGGUUAAUGACCAAUCAAUAAAUAAUAAAUGUUGCUGUCAUCAUCUUCAACACUUUCUACACUAGUCCAUAUAAUUGGACAACUUGCACUUGUUUUUAAUUCAUUAGAUAUUAAUUUUGCAUUAUAUAAAAUACAUUCCUUUUUUUUAAAAGAUUUUAUUUGAUAGCACAAGCAGGGGGAGGAGCAGAGGGAGAGGUAGAAGCAGAAGCAGACUCCCCACUGAGCAGGGAGCCCAAUGUGGGACUCGAUCCCAGGACCCUGAGAUCAUGACCUGAGCCGAAGGCAGAUACUUAACCAACUGAGCCACCCAGGUGCCCCAUAAGAUACAUUCCUAAAUAUAUGAGAUAUAUUUAGAUGGUUUACAACCCAAUAUAAAUAUUUGUAAACAACUAUGGUAUAAGCCUGAAUGAAAGAAAUCCUUAUAAGAGAAUUACCCCUGAAAGUAUUGAUCCUAGAUGGGGAGAGAUUACUUCUAAUUGGGAGAAUUAUGGAAGACUUUAUGAAGAUACUGGCUCUUGUGCUGGGCUUCAUAAUGACAUACAGGGUUUUAGAAGGCUUAAGACAGAGGUAAAGGACAUGCCUGGACAGAAGACCAUAAACCAGCAUCUUUUUAGUACUAACCAGGCAUUAUAUACUAAGUACUAUCUUAAUUCAAAGUCAUCACCAUAAAUCUUUUAAGGUAUAUACUUUUGACCUCUGUUUACAGGUGAAAUUAAGGCUCAGAGAAGUUAACUGAUUUACUCAAGAUAACACAACUAAAUAAGGAGUAGUAGAGUUAGAAUUUGAAUCCAGCUCUACCUGGCUCGAAAACCCACACUCUUUUAGCUACACUGCCUUCAGGCUGGAGAACAGUGUGAACAAAGGUAUAGAUGAGAGAAAGUACAGUAGAUGUUUAAGAAACUUCUAAUAGAAUAGUCUAAAUAAGAAGGUGGGGUAGAAACUCUGCUGGGAAAUGAGAGAGGUUCCAGAUUAUAGUCUUGAAU